AUGGCGCAUCAAACGCCCGCCGUUGUCAUGGACAAGUAUGCGCUGCUCUCAUGCGCUUGAGCCUGCUGUGCAGUACAGCUGAUGCGAUUUACAGCGGUACUGGGUAUUCCAAACUGGGCUUCGCCGGCAACGAUUCUCCCUCCUUUGUCUUCCCGACCGCAAUCGCAACCAAGGGUCCCGGCGCGGGCGGUGGUUCAUCAGGUUCAGGACGUCCAUCUGUAGCCAACAAGCCGUCUUUCCUGACUGGAGGUGCUGGCCCGACUGGCCAUCUAUCUGCAAAGAGAGGGACUGAGGACUUGGACUUUUUCAUUGGAGACGAGGCGCUCACCGCCUCCGCGGGUCCCGGUAUGCUCGGCAUUGGACAUAGAUAUCGAACACGAAGGAAGCUGAUUGAGGACAGGAUAUGGCUUGCACUACCCUAUACGGCACGGUCAAAUUGAGAACUGGGUAAGAAUACUGCACUGAAGAGCUAUUGUCCAACCCAGUUAACAUGUUUUCAGGAUCAUAUGGAACGCUUCUGGUCGAACAGCAUCUUCAAGUACCUGCGAGUCGAGCCCGAAGACCACCACUUCCUCCUGACCGAGCCUCCUCUCAAUCCCCCAGAGAACCGCGAGAAUACCGCCGAGAUUAUGUUCGAAUCCUUCAAUUGCGCUGGUCUCUACAUUGCAGUGCAGGCGGUGCUCGCGCUGGCUGCAUCUUGGACUUCGUCAAAAGUGCAGGACAGAUCAUUGACUGGUACCGUCAUUGAUUCAGGAGAGGGUGUCACGCACGUCAUUCCCGUGGCAGAAGGUUAUGUAAUCGGAAGCAGCAUCAAGAGCAUACCGAUCGCAGGACGAGACAUCACCUACUUUGUACAAUCCCUCCUCCGAGAUCGCGGCGAGCCAGACAGCAGCUUGAAGACGGCGGAGCGGAUAAAGGAGGAGUUCUGCUAUGUCUGCCCGGAUAUCGUCAAGGAAUUCGCACGUUUCGAUCGCGAGCCAGAGGAUCGCUUCAAGAAGUACGAAGUGAAGCACCCCAACGGCCGGAGCGUAACCGUCGAUGUCGGCUACGAACGAUUUCUCGCGCCUGAAAUCUUCUUCAACCCGGAAAUCUACAGCUCCGACUUCCUCACACCACUUCCCAAUAUCGUCGACACUGUCAUCCAAACCUCGCCUAUUGAUGUGCGAAGAGGCCUAUACAAGAACAUUGUGCUCUCGGGAGGCUCAACGCUCUACAACCAGUUCGGACGCCGCCUACAACGUGACAUCCGUCAUCUGGUGGACGCGAGAAUAGCCGCUUCGGAAGUCCGCGCAGGGAACGCGGCAAAGAGUGGCGGUCUGGACGUUCAGGUCAUCACGCAUCGCAGACAGCGACACGGCCCGUGGUUCGGAGGCUCACUUCUCGGUCAGACGCCGGAAUUCCGAAGCUAUUGCCACACGAAGGCCGAGUAUGAUGAGAUUGGGCCUAGCAUUGUCCGGCGAUUCGCGCUCCUUGGAGGGCCGGGGAGCACGUAA